AGCCAUUCCCUUUCCUCUGUCCAAAAUCCUUUUUGGAUCCGAAGCGCUGCAGAGUGCGCCAAGAAUCGAGAAGAGAGACCGUCGGACAAAUGGCCGGACUCCGACGCCACUCCGUCCUCGCCGUCGUCGUCCUCCUCCCUCUGCUCCUCUCCGCAACCUCCGACGCUGCACACUGCUCAACAUCCGCUCAAGGUUCAUCACUAGUGAGGAACAUCAGUGAGCUACCACAAGAUAACUAUGGAAGGGAAGGUUUAUCUCACAUAACUGUUGCAGGUUCGUUCAUGCAUGGGAUGAAAGAGAUUGAGGUGUGGCUACAAACCUUUUCUCCGGGGACUUACACGCCAAUACAUCGGCAUUCUUGUGAAGAAAUUUUUGUUGUCCUCAAAGGGAGUGGUACUCUUUAUCUUGCCUCAGAUUCUCAUGGAAUGUACCCCGGAACACCUCAAGAGUUCUCUAUCUUUUCAAACAGCACGUUUCACAUCCCAAUUAAUGAUGCUCACCAGGUAUGGAAUACAAACGAACAUGAGGAUUUGCAAUUUCUUGUCAUCAUAUCUCGUCCACCAGUUAAAGUGUUCAUAUAUGAAGACUGGUUCAUGCCUCAUACUGCUGCAAAACUGAAGUAUCCUUACUACUGGGAUGAGGAAUGUCUCAAAGUUUCUAGAAAGGAUGAGCUUUGAUGUCCUUGCAUUCUUGCCGCUUUCUGACUGAAACUCACGUAUGCAUAGGCAUUAACUAUCAUGGACCAUAAGAUCUUCCUAUUUAACACUGGCUCAAUAACGUUAUAAGACUAGUCAGGCACGCCAUGCUAACAGAAAGAACAACCUCCCCAGCCAAAUUGAAUGCACUAAGACUAGUCAGGUAAAGUAAUUCGUCCCCACGGAUACAUUGGUGGAACAAGUGUUAUAGAAUUGCAUUCCCGGAGGUUUUACAUGGCAUAUACCGUUCUAAUCAUACAACUCAAUUGAAUAUCAAGAAUGAUAUAAGACGUCACUCUCCAAGGACUCACCCGAAUAGCCAACUGGUUUUGCUUUCCCUAUAUCAACUGAUAAAACACUCUACAGCAUGGUAGAAUGUUUAAACAUGUCGCUGUUUGCUUCUGUCCGGGAAAGUUCCUCAGCCGUCAGUUGACUGAAUAAAAGCCCAACCAUGACUGAGUCCGACAUCAUCAUCUGGAACUCCAACAUUUAAAUGCCAUUUUGAUGGCACGAGAAGUUUUUCGACAACAAACACUUUUAACGGGACGGAGGGAACGGCAACAAGUGCUCAUGAUUGGACAAUGGUUGGACUCAAACUUCCUUUUGUUUUCAUCUUCACCUUCCUCGUGUCUGCAACCAUUGAUGCUUCUCCGUGCUCAAGUCGAGGUCUGCUUCUGCACUUUUGCCACAACUGCAGGUGCACUCUUCUCUUGCUUUUUGCGCACUCCUUUGCACUUCAGAAUCAACGCGGUCGGUCUCACCUGAAAUGAAAAAGAAUAGACUUCUAUUUACGUACUUGGGGCAUCAUUUGGAUCGGCAAAGUGAGAGUGUUAAGAAAUGUAUUUGAUAAGAUUCAUAGGAUUGUUAAGCAUCUUGCUAGGUGCAGCCCAAAGGCAAAGAAAGUCUCUUUCAAAGUCCUUUUCCUUCUACCUUCGUCAAAAUGCUGCAUGUGGCAUUGUCAUUCGUCUUCAUUUUUCUGAUUCUUUGUAAUUAGUAUCUCGCCGGCAAAUUCAGACCCAAAUUUAACGAUUUACCCACUGUGAGAAGAUAGUGACAUUCGGUUUCUGGUGUGAGUUUACCACUAGUGAGGAAAAUCAGUGAGCUACGACAAGAUAACUAUGGAUUAGGAGGUUUUUCUCACAUAACGGAGGAAGGCUCGUUCUUGCACGGGAUGAAUGAGGUGCGUCUUUUUUUGCUUUCAACAAAGUUUCAGAGCAUCAUAUGUUUGUCAUUUUUAAUGUAUCAACAGGUUGAUGUACGGCUACAUACCUAUUCUCCCGUGGCUCGCACGCCAAUUCACCCACAUUCCUGUGAAGAUGUGUCUGGUCCUCAAAGGGAACAGUACUCUUUAUCUCGCCUUGACUUCUCAUAAGAAGAACCCGGGAACACCUCAGGAGUUCCACAUCUUUCCGAACAGCACGUUUCAUAUCCCUUUUGACGAUGCUCAUCAGGUAAUGGUUCUUGUAGCGCCCUACAAUUUCGGUAAUAUCCAGAGUUGUUGACCAAUGAUCAUGAUUCCUUUUCUGGGGAGCCUUAGAUACAGUAUAAGGUUCAGACAACUCAUCUUUGCAAGAAUUUGACAUGUUUAGCAAUUCUUUCUGUGGGCUUGAUUGCACUUCCUUUAAGGAUUUCAUAUCAGUCGUCUAGCAUUCUCGAACUUUAGCAGCACACUUGCAGGAAUGGGAUACAAAAGAUACAAGGAUUUCCAAGUUACUGUCAUCAUAUCUCGUCUGCCAAGGAAACUGUAAGCAUAUUUACUUCCUAUUUGCCUGCAUUAUUUGAUUCUUAUCAUUAAUCCAACAUACAUACAUUUUCUUUAUGGUUUUCUCGAUUUUUUGUCGGCGAUGCUGUUUUAUUUAUCACUUUAAUUUUCCCUUUCAAUUUGUCAAUUGAGUCUCUGGGAUAAGGUAAACUGCAUCCCAGAAACUCGGGUUGCCUGUAGUUGACAUUUGUAGGCAGAAGUCAGUGUUUACGGGGUGAUGGAGGUCAAGAGAAUCGGCUGGAUCUGCAUACAAUCAUGUGCACACUCCUGCACAAACCUACAGCUAAGUAUACAGGACGGAGGAAAAAACCCGGAAUACCACUUCAGCUCUCAAAACUAUAGGGAAAUAAAUCUGCAGAAAAUCCGGAUACACCUCGUAACCAUCUUCAAUUGAGAUACAACUCAUUGUACUGAUUGCGAGCCGCACUUGACCCUUUAGCUGUCAUUUUCUGUAUUUUCUGGUGGUGAGAAGUUUAUUCCUGCUAAGUGCUAUGCUCUCACCAGUGAUUGAUUGUGUUUACAAAUCUUUCUGGAGACAUGAUCCUAGAUGUAUCGGCAGAUUUGGCGAACUAUCAAAACUUGAACUGGCUUUUGUCUUCUUGAUGUCUAUAGACAUGAUCGAUUUAUCCUGCC